AUGUCGGGCCUUGCACCAGUAAAUUUUUAUGGGACUCAAGGAAGUACGAGAGCGUUUCCAGCUGAAUUGUAUAGUGAAGUACCCCUCUUUGAUACAUCCAUUACAUCUCAAAGAAAAGAAACUAUUGAAACAUUAUCUGAAAUAUAUUCCAUCAUAAUAGCCUUGGACCAUGUAGAGAAGGCAUAUUUAAAGGAUUCUGUUGAUACACAUCAAUAUACAAAUGCUGUAAAUAAAUUAUUGGCUCAGUAUAAGACUUAUUUGAAUGAUGCAAAAGUUAGAAAAGAGUUCAAGGAUUUAGAUAGUUUUGUGAAGAGGUAUAACAUUGUGGCCUCCAAUGCCAUUAUAAGACUUGAAAGAGGUAUACCAAUGACUGUAGAGCAUGCCAUUGUUGAUGAUAAUGAAAAUGAUGAUUUUGACAAUAAUAAUGGUGAUAAUGGUAACAAUAAAGGAAUUGAUGACAAGAAUGACGAUAUUCGUUGCAAUAAAAUUAAAGUUAAUAUCAAUAAAAAUAAGACAUUUAACGGUAAAAAUGUUGCUGAGGCUACAGGUAACUUUAUUACUUUGAUUGAUGCAUUGAAGUUAAAUUAUAGAGCAAAGGAUCAACUACAUCCACUGAUGGCAGAAUUAUUAUUAAGUAUUAAUAAAGUUAGUCGACAAGAUUUUGAGUACAGGCAGAAAUUAGUCGAUUGGAUUGUGAAGAUUAAUAGAAUGAAAGUAGAUGAACAAUUAACCGAUACUGAGAUAAGAGAACUAAUAUUUGACCUGGAUGCAGCUUAUAAAAGCUUUUAUACGUUAUUAGAAUGA